AUGUACUACGUCCACGCCAUAAUCCUUACCCUCGUCCUCAUCACCUUCUUCUGCUGUCUCUUCGGCUACUACCUCAUGAAGAGCUGUCGGCGGGCUAUCGAUCUGGAAGUUCACGAACUAGGGUACCAGAGGGAUGCUGAGGCUGGGAUAAGAGUAGGAGGAGGUGGUGGGGGGAAGAGCGGUAACGCGAAGAGCAAAAGUGGAGGUGGAGGUGGAGGAAGUAAGGAUGGGGGUGGGAUUGGAGAUGCUGGAGGGAGUAAGGCGAAGAGCGGAGGAGCGAAGAGUAAUAGCGGUGGAAAUGGAGGCGCUGCUGCUUGGGACGACACUGGAGCAGGUGGAGAAGAGGCAGCAGCAGCAGGAGGAUGGGACACGAGCGGAGGAGGAGCAGCAUGGGACGCAGGUGGUGGCAACGACGUCAAAGGAAACUGGUAG